AAAUAAGGAGGGGAGAAAGAAACGAACGCCAGCACCGUCAGUGGGAGUAUAUAAACAACCACCACCCACUCAGCAGAAUUAUCUCUGAAUCACUAAAUAUAAACCCUCUCUUCUUCCUAAUUUUCUCUUUCAAAAUCCACUCUAGACGAGUGAAAAGAGAACACAGUCACUAAGAGAGAGUGUGAGCGAGCGCGCGCAUUAAUGCCUCCUUGCAAUAAAGCGUGAUAGAAAGAGAGUGAUAGUAAGAGUCAUAACUCAUAACUCUUAAUUUCUUCCUCAUAAUCGAACUUGUGUGUUUUGUUUUGUUUUGUUCGUCUGCAAGUAUUUCACAGAGAUGGAUCUCAGCAAGGUCACUCUCGACAUUUUCACUAAGCUUGAACAGAAAUGGCUCUCCCCCAGGAAGACCCGCGUUCUCAGCAUCGACGGCGGCGGUACCACUGCCAUCGUCGCCGGAGCUUAUAUCGUUCACCUCGAAGACCAGAUCCGCCUCCAGACCGGCGAUCCUCACGCUCAGAUCUCCGAUUUCUUCGACAUUGUCGCCGGAACCGGAAUCGGAGGCAUACUCGCCGCCCUUCUCCUCGCCGACGACGGCUCCGGGAGGCCGAUGUUCACCGCCAGAGACGCCGUUAGCUUCAUCUCCGAAAAGAACUCCGAGCUCUUCGAGAUCAGGCGCGCCGGAGUCUUCAGGAGAAACGGGACGAGAUACUCCGCCGGCAGCAUGGAGAGGGCUCUGGAGGCGGCGUUUCGGAGGAGGGGUAAGGUGCUGACUAUGAAGGACACGUGUAAGCCUCUCCUCGUCCCUUGCUACGACCUCAGAUCCUCCGCGCCUUUCGUUUUCUCCCGCGCCGGCGCCUCGGAGUCUCCCAGCUUCGACUUCGAGCUCUGGAAAGUCUGCCGCGCCACGUCGGCGACUCCUGGCCUGUUCAAGCCCGUCGACGUGGUGUCGGUGGACGGAAAGACCUCUUGCUUGGCGGUGGACGGCGGUUUGGUGAUGAACAACCCGAGCGCGGCUGCCGUCACGCAUGUGCUGCACAACAAACGGGAUUUUCCGUCGGUUAACGGCGUCGAUGACUUGCUCGUGCUGUCGUUAGGAAACGGUUCGUCCUCCUCCUCCUCCUCUCCGGGAAAGAAACAACUCAGGCGUAACGGAGACUGUUCCACGUCAUGCGUCGUGGACAUUGUGCUCGACGGGGUUUCCGAUACCGUCGACCAGAUGCUAGGGAACGCUUUUUGUUGGAACCGUACGGACUACGUUAGAAUCCAGAUGAGCGGUUUAACGAGGGGCGGAGAGGGGAGUGUGGGGCCGAGAAAAACGGCGGAGGAGUUGUUGAAAGAGAGAGGUGUCGAAACGGCACCGUUCGGAGGGAAACGGUUACUAUCGGAAACAAACGGAGAAAGAAUCGAGAGUUUUGUGCAACGUCUUGUUGCCUCAGGGAAGUCUACAAGUCUCCCUCCUAGUCCCUGCAAGGAAUCUGCCGUUAAUCCUCUCGCUGACGGCCGUUAAGUUCUUUCCGUCUGUUUUCUUUUCUUUUAUUUAUUUCUCAAAGUAACCAUCUACCCGUAAUAUAAGUUUGUACCAAGUCCUAAGGUUAAUUUUAUCAACCCCCCCAUCCUUCCUUCAUGUCCCCGAGAGUUUAAUUACUGUAGUAGGUUUUUAAUGA